CGGCGUCGAGUAACGCAACUGGCCUUGGUUCACCUCAGAAUACAAGAAAUGCUAGCAGUGGGAGUACAACUACCGAUUCGCAUCGACGUUCAUCCGAUCUGCAUUCGCCGAAUUCAUCUUCAUCAAAGCAGAUUCAGAAAGAACGAAUGCCACAGCAUCGACUUUCGUCAUCACGGCGGCAGUCUCGAGAACGAGAACGUGAUAGGGAACGAGGAAAUUCAAGUAGGACUGAUGAACGAUCUCAGCGAAGCAGGACUUCAGGCAACAAUGAUCGACGAAUAGGUACUAGUGAUUCACGUACUUCACGGCGAUCACGUCAUUCGCCGCGUCCAUCUGCGUCAUCUGAUUCCAGUCGUGACUCAGCAAGUCCAAGUGGGUCCUCUGGACAUCAUCAUCAUGCAUCGAACAUCCAUACUGUGCAGUCAACAGUUAUCAAGCUGGGAGCAUCAAGUUCGCGACGCAGCGAUACAAAUGCAUCUAAUGAACUGUCCACGUCAGGUGCUAACCACGACAGCUUAUCAAGUGUCUCUCAAGGCAUUCAGGGCAUCUAUGUAUCCAAUUUGCCGUCUUCGCGUACAGAAGGUUUUCUGAGAGACGGCUUGACGAAUUUCUUCAAAAAAUUUGGUAAAGUGGUUCACAUCAUGUUUGAGACCGAAUCCGGUCCAAAUUUUGUAGAACAGCGACGAGCACUCAUCAUUUUCCAGAGAUUAAUAGAUGUUGACAAACUCAAAGACGUUCAUCACUUGUUUGGAUUACGGCUGAAAAUCAGAUUUGCAAGUCACGCUGCCGUCACUGAAGCUCACAGCACAUAUCUAGCAACAAAUGGACAGGAAUGCUUGUCAUCUCAAGAUUCAACUGCAAUACCGAGUUCUUCAACGGUCGAUGCGCUGGCAAGUCGAGCUUCUCGAACUUUAUAUGUUGGCGGCUUAGAAAGACGAACAACUGAUGAUUCUCUUCGCUCCCGUUUUAGUUGCUUUGGGCAUAUCCUGGAAACAGAAGUCAAGAACUGGGAAAGUCCAUCACCAUUUGCUUUUAUACAGUUUGCGGAUAUACAUUCAGUUGUCUGUGCAAUUAAUGCAUAUGCUCAGUCGGCACAUUCGUCCAGUGGCAAAAGUAAAUUAAAGAUGAAUUGGGGCCGGACAAUUGUUAGUAAUAAGAUUUGGAUUGGUGAGUUGCCGUCGAGCUGUUCGUCAGAUUAUUUACGUGAAAAAAUUCGAGUAUCGUUCACAGAUACGUUCAAUGAGGUCAUAUAUGAUCCACGUCAUCGGGAAGCCCUUCUUUUAUUCAGCAACAAUGAGAGUGCUCAAAGAGCAUUUUCAAUGAUUAAAACAAAGCAGGUAGCUUUUUGGAAUGCGGAUGAAAAAAAGGAUGUUCACGUGCCAGUAGAUUACUGUUCAGAAAAGCUACAUGAUUAUUUCGUAGACCGAAAAUUUCGUGGCGAAUCCGGAAAUACUCUUGUGAAUGGUAGUGGAUCAAGUUCGUAUGCUGGCAACAGCACAUCAGCUUGUUCUAGUGGUGGAGCAGCGAUAGCAUCGACGUCUGCUUCAUCGUUACUUGCACCACCACCUGACCCACCAAAUUAUCUUCGUGACACGUCCUCGAGGGUUGAAUGUCGGAGGUCAGGCUCAAGUAUGGUAUCGCGGAGACGAAGAAGUGAUGAACGAGAGGGCUGUAGAAAUUCGUCUCGUUCUUUACGAUAUUCGUCAUACAAUAGAUCUCGACGACGACGUGAAGGAGCUAGACGGAAUGAUGUAUCUCCUUCGUCAUCAUCAACCUCUUCAACAUCCAGUGAUUCUGAUUUAAGUUCUAUUAUACCAGAUAGAAAACGUACAAGCGCUGGUCACUCGAAGAGUAACAUUCAACGUUUGCACAGGGAUAAGACUCCCGUGUAUCGUUCCAGUUCACGACAGCCCAAUUCUCCGAGUAGCAAGUCUGAUCGGAAUUUCGAACAAUCCAACAGCAGCAUCGGAGUCACAGUUCAGACUGUCACAAGUCAUAGUAGCUCAAGAUCAAGCCUGUCGCAGCUGCUUCCACCUCCCAUGCCGUCGGCACAAAUUCUGAAUCCCGUUGUAAUGACAACGCUGAGCGAAAAGAAACAGCAACAAGAGUUUCAUCAGCCAAUGGAAGCAAGUACGAGUGAACGUGAAUCAGUUGCAGUUGUAAGGCACAUCGAUUUUAAGCAUCAACAGCCAUCGUCAAGUUUGUCAACUGACAGUGAACUACCGCAUGAAACAAACGGAAAAUCAACGACAGAACAGCGAAACAAGAAAGCGGAGCACCAGCAGCAGACUAUUGUGAAACUUGGUGACGAUCAGUUAACACUCUAUAUUUUGGUGUUUGAAACUUAUCGAAUUUUCAGUGAUACCAAACGAUUAGAGAGCAAAGGAUCACACGACAGUGGUUUUUAUAAUCCUGUAGUACAAGGAAAUUUUACUGCAAACGAAAUAAGUGCAAUAACGUCAAAUCGAAUUGAAGAAAUUGCUAAUACUUUGGUAAACGUACUCCAACAUCAUUCCAAAGCAUCUACAUCGACAACUGCGAGUGCUCCAAUAGCUAUAAUGAGUGGGACUCAUCAGAGCCAUACAUCGACUUAUUCAACCCAACGAUCUACUGACGAUGCCAGCGAUAGUGGCAGACAUCAUUCCAGUAGACAGUCUGCCUCUUUCAGUAAACGCACCAAAUGGCCAUGGGGAAACGACCCGAUUAAAAAUCACUGUGCAAUUCCUUUGGAUGGAAGCGCUAAUCGAGGUAAAGACCCACGACACCGGAAAUAUUCGCCGCAAACUUCCAUCUCAUUGCCGUUACCGAAAUUUGUGCACGAACAUCGUUCUACGCCGAGUAGCUCACGUCGGAAUAGUAUACCGGAUCCAUUCCGUUCUCCGCCGCAACAGAGACAGGAAUCGAGAUGCUCAAGGAACUCUUUAUCAACUCCAAGUUCCACUCUUGCUGGAUGCAGUUUGAAAUGUAGCGCUGUGGAAGGCUCACCUCCACAGAAGGUGGCUAGAGGGCGAACACAUUCAUCAGUGUCAAGAUCGGAAUCAAGUAACAGUGAAGCGAUGCUUUCUCCUGAUCCUUCAAAUUCAACUACGCAACCUUCAUUAGUGACAAGUGCCAUAGAUAUUUUCGGGAAUACAUCACCUGCCAACAAUUCGAGUGCUUAUCGUGAACGACUUGAUGCACUGGGAGCUACUUUUCAAAAUAUCGAGCAAAAGUUUCAGAAAACCAAACAGAAUACCCACUUGGAUUACGAUCGUAAAGGAUCAUCACAACGCAGUUACAACUUCGAAGAAGAGCUGGAACGACUGAAAGCACGAACUGGUUCGUCCAGUUCAACGGUAACCACCUCGCAGUCAAUAACAACCUGUUCUACAGCUUGUUCUCAUUCGACAUCUAACACGUUCACCGACUCAUUUACCAGAGCGAGAACUAAUGGCAGUGGUACUACAACGAUUUUGGAUUCGAAGGAUACAGAAAGCCAGAAGCUGAUUCGUACUCCACUUUCUGUCUCCAUCCCAAUGCCAUCUACUUCUUUACCUUCUACUGCUUCAAGUCCCUAUACAACAGUUUUUUAUACCGCAUCUAGCAGUUUAUCCAAUCUUCCGUCACCACAAUUUUCUAGCGCUCAACUCAGGAAACCCCUGUUACCACCGAACAUUACACAGAGCAAUAAUCAGACACCUACGUCGGUAGCUGUGUCGCGUAUUGCUUAUCCUCCAGAUUUUAGUGUUCCACCUCCACCGCUUCCACAACCUCCGGUACCUCCAACAUUGUCUUUAACGGCAUACAAAUCUACAAUUGCUGGCACUUCUCUGAUCUCAGCUCCACCUCCACCGCCUCCAUUGGUGUGUAAUAACACAUCUCAUUUAUUCGAUCCAACAUCAUCAUGCUCUACCACAUCGCUUCAGCCACCAGUACGUAGUGUCGGUCCCCAGAGCGAUACUACGCAGUCUUUAUCCUGGAGAACUUCAACAAAACCUUCUACCCCUCCACCUCCAACUGCAUAUUCCACUAUUACUUCAAAGCAAACCUCAGUCUCUUUUGCAUCUAGCACUUCAAAACCAUCAACAUCUGAUUCAGUUCCUGCGUUAGAGAUGGAUAAAAUACGAUCACGGAAUCAAGGAACUGAUAAGGUGAAAGAGAAAGACCAUGUGAAGAUGAUUUCGAAGUCCCACUUGCCUGAGAAAAAAGUAUCAAAGGAUUCUACAAACAAACAACCUUCAUUAAGUGAACUAUUCCGUCAACAAGCGCAGGAUUCAUCAGAAGUUCUUAAAAAGCAGCUGAAGAAAGUCAGGAAAGAGAAAAGCGAUGAAGCGCUACAUCAUAAAUCGAAUAAUGAAAACAAAAAAGCAAUUGAAGGCGUGAAGGAAAAACAUUCCAAAGAAAAUGAGAAAAAGGAUCAAAAUGUAGUUGAAAAAGAGAAAAAACAUACUGAUGAGGGAAGCCAAUCACAGGAAACGAAGCUGAAAACCGCUACUCAGAAGCAAUUGAAAGAAAAAAAGGAAAAAAAAGAAGUGAAGGAAAAGGGCAAGGAACACGAUGAAAGUGGCGAACUUACCUUGGAAAAGAGAAAAAGACAACGAUCAGCGGAAAAAAACAUUAAAAAUAAGUCGAUGAAGGACAGCGUUAGUGUUAAACAGAGGGAAAAGCUUAAAGAAAAAGAACAACUGCAGAAAGAUCGUGCAAAGAAGAGGCAAGAGGAAGAAAGACGUAAACAGAAAGAAAAAGAAGAGCAGAGAAAGAAGAAGGAAUUAACGAAGAAAAGAAGGCGAAAAAAGGAAUCGAGCUCGAGUUCGAGUGAAGAAACAUCAUCAUCUGAAGUAGAACUCCAUUCAUUUGACCGGGAAUUGAAACGAUUAUUCAUGGAGGAAGAAGCCUCUGGGUCGCUAGGUUUAUCAAUGUACGAUCGAGUCAAGCAACGCUCGUCCUCGAAGCCAGAUGAUGCAGCCAGAAAGAAUCGAGCACUGGAAUUGUUACAAGAAAGAACACAAAGUCGUCGAAAUAACGAACAGAACCGGCCAAAAAGGGUGCAACUAGAGAGUUCAUCAUCUGCUGAUGAGAAAGAUUCAUUAAACGAUGAUGGAGAAUCCGAUAAUUCGUCGGCUCUUUCAGUAGAUGCUUCUAGAACCCGUAACAAGAAAAAGAAAGCGGAACCGAAAGGCAAAUCAACGAAAAAAGAGAAGUCAGGCGACAAAACCGAGUUUAAUGAUGAUGACGAUGAUGGUGAUGAUAAUGAUAACGAUGAUAAUAAUGCGAUUGAAAAAGAUUCAGAAAAGUCUGAAUCGGAGGAAGAACGCUCGAAACGAAGAUGUAAUCGGAAGGCGGCAACAUCGAAAUCUUAUAAAAAACAGAAAAAGACCUCGUCAUUGUCACUGGACGAUGUAUUUGGAACUUAUUCCACAGAUGAUGAAUCCACGAAACAUUCCAGAGGUUCUAUUGUUCCAUCGUUAUACAAAGAAAAGAAUGAAAAGGAAGAAAGUGGUAAAAAAGCUAUUACAAAAAUCGAUGAAAGUCAGAAAUCAAAAAGCGAAAAGGAAAAGACAGAGAGUACUAGGCGUUUAAGUUUAAAAAAGGAGCGAAAAAAGGAAAAGCUGGACGAAAGUGAAAACGAAUCUGUUGGAGAAGAAAAUAAAAUUACCCCACGGAAGGUGGAAAGCAAACAGGUCUUCGAGAAAUCAAUCGAAAAAAAGGUUACUGGUAAAAAACGAUUCGGCAAAAAUCAUGAGGUGGGUGAAGCUAUCAUGACAACCACUGAAGGAGCUCCGGAAAAAAAGAGACAGAAAACGGAAAAAUCUUUGGUUGAAAUUUCAAUGUUCCGAGAGGACGAUAAGAAGGUGGUUAAAGGGAAGACAUUCACCACAUUCGAACAGAAGAAAAAAAGUCGAAAGCCUGGAACUAAUGGACAGUUUGAAAAGAAAUUAGCGAAAAAAUUAAAAAGAGAACAGGAAGAGCGACAUGAAGAACAGAAACGAGAGGUAGAUGGAGCAAAACAAAAAGAUGAAAAAUUACAAAAUGAAAACCAACGACAAAAAGUAGAUAGAGCUGAAAGUAGAAGUAGUGAUGGCGCUGGAACAUCUGAUGUUCCUAGUCUGAGUGAUCAAAGUUCAACUGCAGUCGUUCAAAGCCAUGCAUCAUCUAGCGUCAAAACUGUCCGGAAAAGAUAUCUUAGAGCUGAAAAUUCUGAAAAAGUGAAAAGGAGUAGAAAGGAACCGAAAUCGCCGACAACAGAUGUGUCCCGGAUGGAUUCUGAUUCUUCCGAGAAUCUGAAAACAGAUGUGACAGCAGUGAAGCAGGAGCCAAGUCAAUCUCUAGAAAAAAUUGAUGUAAAUAAUAUGAGAGAUAGUGCAUCCGGACGAGAAAGCAAAAGUAGUUCACCAUCCAAUCGUACGAAUACAGGUUUUGAUCUUCUACAGUCAGUGAAGAUGGCAACGACAGCUACACCUCUCACGGCAGAAAUCGAGCACACUGAAAUGGAUUGUGUUUCGGAAGAAUGUUCAACGAAUACAGCUUUAUACACCAGAUCGAAUGAAUAUUGUUCACCUUGUAACAUAUCACGAGAUGAGUUAGAUCAGUCCAAAAAAAUUGACUCGAUAGUGCAGAAGCUGGAAACCGAUGGAUCUUCAAUGGCGGCAGAUAGUAUUAUUGUAUCCAGACACCCCCCGGAAGAUGCGCAUCUCAAUCAAAAUCGACUAAAUCAACAAAACCAUCAAGUGCUCUGCAUAUCAGAUGAUGAAGGAAUUGUUGAUCGAAAUGUUAUUGGUCGUAAAAAUUCAGUAUCUUCCACGAAUAGCAGUGAAAGUGGCCAAACAAGUUUGUUAUCAACAUCAUCGGCAAAUCUAGAAACUCAACUGGAAGAUGGCCCUGAGGAUCAGCAGCGGCAGAUUUUGGGGUCAGAAAAAAUCAGAAUUUCGGUAUCUACUGAAGUACUCAAGUCCAGUGGUAAUUGUGGUACGGAGCAAGAAUUUGUCGAGAAAACCGAAAAUGAAGAAAAGUUAUCUCCCAAUGAUAUGAUGGUACAGCUGUCAAAUAAUAGUGAGCGAAUCAUCUUUGUACCAAAUUCAGAUGCCGAAUGUUCUGCUGAUCCAACAGUUCAUGGCGCGGGUAUGUCAAGUAAUGUACUAACGAAGCAACAACAACAACUCCAAAAUCCAGAAGGACUGGGAACGGGUAUUUUGGAUAGUGUUAAUGAUGUUGAAUCCAAUGGGAGUUUCGAAUUGAUUGACGAAGGGCGAGUCGGUGAUGUCGAUUCAUUACCGGAUCAGGAUAUUGAUAAUGAUAUUGGUGGUAUUAGGCAGCAACAGUCUACCUAUGAAGUCGAACAUGUCCGGCAGGAAAUGAUGAUAGAAACAGAAGAGCAUGCGGAUGGUUCUGAAUGUAUCGCUACCGUGCGAAUGCAAGAUGAUGUUCACGAUGUGCAGGAAACUGAAUUUGCUGUGCAGUCGAUUGUUUUGGACGAUAAUCGAAGUCAGCAUAGCGGUGAAGAUGGUAGCGGCGCUAUGGAUUAUUUGGGUGAAAACGCUGGUGAAACAAGUUCGAGGCGCGAUAGUCUCACCGAUACAGCAACAAUGACCAAUAUAAAUUUUAAUGCGAAUAAGGAGCAAAGCAAUUCACAAGUAGAAGCUGAUAAUGGUGACAACAUUACGUCAAAAUCAGCAACUGAUGCUGAGCAGAAGGAAAUAGAACCGGAAGACAAUGACGAUAACAAAGGUAAAAUGGACGUAGAUGAUAAACGAAGCGAUUCACAUCUUGAUGAGGUAAUUGAUGAUGUAGUGGCCGGUGGGUAUAUGGAAGUAGAUGCUGAGCAACUAAUGCGUAUAAACUCAAAGAAGGCAAAAGAGGAAGCAGUUUUACGAGCGGCGGCUGCAUCUACGCAAGGAAGCAUAACCCCCAAAGUUAUGCCAUCGAUAAAUUUCGCAAGGGAUGCUGAGACAUCGCAAUAUGAUUAUCAAAAUGCUAUACAAGAACCGCCAAAUAUUCAGCAGCAACAAUACGGAGGCAGCGGUUAUCAUAUACAACAGUCACAACACCAGCAGUUACAAAUGCCGCAGCAAAUGCCUUUGCAGCAGAAAUGUGUUAUGCAUGGAUCGACAAACUCCUUACCUUCCCCCACUCGUUUUUGUAGACUUGUUAUUCCGGGUUUUCUGGAACAAGAUGAAUCUGGCCUUUUAUCACAACCGCCUCAACAACAACAGCAACAGCUGCAACAAAAUAUCGUUCAUGGUAAUAGUCAUAUGGUACUGCAGCAGCGGCCACAACAGCAGCAGCACAUAGGGCAGGCUCUAAUGCAGCAACAGCAACAGGGUGGUCGUUUAACUUCUUAUCAGCAGUCACAGUCACAGAUUAUGAAAGUUCCUGAGACGACAUACCUUCAACCGCAGCAUUUACCACCGAUCGAGCAGCGCGUACAAGGAACUACUGCGAUACCGCAGCAACAGCAGCAACAGCAACUUCAUCCGUUGCAGUCGAAGAAUGUAACAUCAGGCAAUUUACCGCCGUAUUAUUCGGGCAGGAAUGCUGCUGGUACAUCCAGUUUUGCUUCACCUCAAAUGUCGAUUCAACAGCAACAGCAGCAGCAUUUGCUUUUGCAGCAACAGCAAACCUCUGAUAACAUGCAAAACAUAACUAAUGCAAUUAGUGUAGGUGCUGCUAUACAUACUGUGUCGCAGCUGCCCGAUGUGCGCCAACAGGUUGUGCAACCAGCGCCUUCACAACAACAAGCAACACAGCUGGUAGCUCAAUCACAUCUACAACAGCAGCAAUCGAUAAGUUACGGUUCACCUAUGAUGACUCCAACAUGUAGUGCUGCAGCUGUCGUAGCUGCACAAACUGUAGUUGCUGCAUCCCGACAGCUGGAUUUGAACAAACAAAUGAGUUUAUCAACAGUGCCGCUCCAAGAAUCGAUCAGUAGCAAUCCCUAUGAUUUAUAUACUAAUCUACCGAAGAAACCAACAGCCGGAGCGGUGCAACCACAGCACCAACAGCAGGCUCAAGUAACUCAGCAACAACAACAGGUGAAAGUUUCCACAGAAUUGCGUCAGAAUUGUCCUAACCCAUCAUCGCUUGCUGCUCCAUUAAUGGGACGUUCUGGUGGUGCAUCAUCCAAUGUAGCUGCAGCAAAUUUGCAAACUAGUCGAUCGAAUGCAUCGGUUAGCACUGCACAUCAAUCAAAUCGUGCAUUGCAACAUCAACAGCAGCAGCAACAGCAACUUUCUCCGACUGCGCAGCAAGCGGUUGCAUUUGCAAUCGGUUUACCAGGCACCACUUCACCAUUUACCCAAAUGCAACAGCAAUAUUUGCAGCAGAUGUAUCGUUCAACACUCUUCAAUACCUUCCAAGCGGCAGCAGCAACAAGUGCCUAUAGUAGUGGGAAUGUAGCUGCUGCAACCGGAGCAUAUGGAUCAAGUGGUUAUUCAGGGGCAUCAAACAAUCCAGCAGCAGCAGUGGCCGUUGCAGCUGCAGGUGUACUACCUGGUACUGUACGGCAGGACAACCAACGACAGUAUCAACAGCAGCCGCAUCUAGCGGAUCUUCAACAACAACAGCAGCAACAGUAUUUGACAUCUAAUCUAUAUCAGCAGAGUUCGCCAACGACUACGCUUUGCUCUCCGCAACAAGCUAAUAUUGCAGCUCAUCAGCUGAAUUCCCUCUACGGUGCUGCCACUGGUACAUUUCCUAUUUCGUGCGAAUCGUCCUUACUCUCUGCACAAAUGACUGGUCAACCAGGAAUAUAUCAUGUUGGAGUCGGACAACGUCAACAAGAUGUUAAACAACCGUUGAAGCAGAAAAUAUCGCAACAACAAUCGCAGCAGCAGCAAGUAAAGACUUAUGCUGGUUUACCGGCUGCGUCAGUUAUCGCCCGAUAUCCGGUCAUGUGGCAAGGGAUAAUUGCGCUGAAAACAAAUGAAACUCGUGUUCAGAUGCACAAGGUUGGCGGCAAUGCUGAAAUGUGUAAACGAUCGUUAGAUCAGUUUACAACAACAUCGAAUCACAUGCCAUUAAUAAGAAUUAACCAACGAAUGCGUAUGGAAGUGGGCCAGCUUGAAAUGUUUGGAGCAAGACAACUUUCUGUUAUAGGUGUUCAAUGUAAAAUGAUGGAUGAGCAUUCGUAUAUUGCGUUGAUUUGCCUUUCAUGUGGUCCGAGCAAAGAAGAUAUAAGGAACCAGUCUGAACUUCUCAAAGAACGUUUUGUUGAUUAUUUGGAAUCAAAGCAAGCUGCUGGAAUAUGCAACGUUGGCAAUGAGCAGAAUCCGACACCCAAUACCAUUGUGCAUAUCUUCCCGCCGUGUGAUUUUGCAUCUGCAUUCCUGCAGAAAAAUAGUCCGGAUUUGCUCGAAAUAUUCAGGCAACAAAAAGCUAGCUAUCUUUUCGUCGUCAUUACUUCUGCUAAUUAG